AUGCUGUCGAAUAGUUCCAGUUCCAGUUCAAGUUCGACUUCUUCGGAAAGGGUAUCUGUGGGCUCUCUUCGUUCCCGCCGUUCUAAUCGUGAUCGUGGUGCAACUCGUGACCAAAGCCGUUCUCGCAGCCCACUUUGGAACGGUCGUCACAGCCCACCUCGAGACGAUCGUCGCAGCAAAUCUCGGGUUUUAGUCGCAGAGCGCGAGAAGUUAGAGUCUAGAAAAAGGUUGGAACGUGAUCGGAGGGAACGAUCAAGAGAAAGGUUGGAACGCAUCGUGGAAGAGGAACGCGAAAGGGUGGAACAGCCAUUGGAUAGACAAGAGGAACCUAAGAAGCAGCUAAAAUUUACGGUGGCCAGAGAGAGAAUGAAAAUCUUUUGGAUGACGUCAUCGUUUAGCGUGGCAGAAGCCAGAAGCCUUCGAGAUAGCUUCAUACCUAAACUUUCUAACACUAGCUUUGCCUAG